AGGAUAAUUCUUGUCAAGGAUUGUCUGACACAGUUGCAAUGGCAAUUCGAAGAUUGUGUGAAGAUUGUGAACCAUUGGGACCAAACGAUAGUGAAGAAAUGCCUUUAAAAUCUAAAGAUGAUGAUCAAGAUGACAGAAAAGAUGAGACAGAUCAAAAAUCUAUUGGUGAAUGCUCAUUUAUCAAGAAUCAGUUGAAGGAUAAUGAAGCAGAACUGGAGGAAAGUAAUGAAAAAACAGAUGACAAAAUGUUGUCAAAUAAAGUUGUUAAACCAAAUAAAUCAAAAGAGACUCAAAUCUGUAAUGAUAUUAAAAAAGAUAAUGAUAUAGCUGACUCAGAAAAAGAAGAAAAGGAGGAUAAUGAAGUGUUAAAUGAUUCAAAUAUUCAUUUUAUAUCUAAGAAAUUAAGCAAAAAAUGUAAAACACAAUUAACUCAGAAGAAUCACAUUAAUCCUGUAAAAAGAAACAAAACAAUUGAAGAUGAAGAUAAAGACUGUGAUAAACAUCAACCAGAGAUAUCAAGCCUAACAUCCAUAUCUGAAGCUAAAGAAGAAGAAAUGAAACAAAAAUUAUCUUUCUCAAAAUAUACCAUAAUUACUAAACAAGAGUUGAAAAAUGUCCAGAAAACACUUACUACAGACUGUGAAAUAUCAUUUAAAAAGAAAGAAAAACAUUCAAAACAGAGAAAAAACAAAAAAGAAAAAUUGCUCAAAGGACGUUUUAGGAUUGGAGACUAUAUAACUUUAUUUAGUGAUCUCAAGAAAGCAUACCCUCCAAUCUGGAGAAUUGAAAGCAAAUCUAUUUUACAAAGAUUUGAAACAUUUAAGAAAGAUGGAAAAACAUUAUAUAACAACACUUCUUCAUAUUCAGCAUGGAGACCUUCAUCAAAAUCAAAGUAUACACCUGUUCCCAUUUCAGUUAUUGAGGAUAAUAAGGAUAAUGUAAUAAUCGAAAAACUUCCAACUGCCAUAGAAAAUGAUAUAAAUGGAAAGGAUAGCAUUGACAAUAGUGCAACUCAUCCUUUAAGAGAAAAUUUUGAAGUAUUUUUGCAGACGCUUGUUAGCCAAGUUCUAGAUCCGUCUUUUAUCACUGAAAUUGUGAAAGAGAAUGAUAAAUACUUUCUUUCUCAUCUGCAAGAGAUUGAAGAUGUUAUGGAAGAAAGAAAAGAAGUUUUAUUGAAAUGGGGAAGUUGGAAUUCUCAAUUGAGACAUUGUGCCGAAACUUAUCCAAAUAUUAAUAUUAAUUCAUGCAGUGAAAAGGGAAAAUCCAGAUGCCAGAUAUGCCAUGGAAAACUGGGACGCCACUCUGUGCAUUUUUCAGGACAGUUGUAUAAUCAUGAUACUAUGGAGCCACGACAUAAUUCAGUUAAUAAUCAUAGUAGCACUCAUUUUCCUGUGUGUAGCAAUUGUUUGACCAUAGUCACACUCUUCAGUCAUGUUUAUCAUCAUAAAUAUCAUUUUUUUCAUAAAUGUUGCAGUAGGGUUGAUCGUGCUAGAGAAGCGGAUGAUAAGAAAGAAUCUCAUGCCAUUUUAGAAGAGUGUCUUCAGGAUACUGAUUGGAUAACACAGAUGUUCCAUGAAAUGGAAAAUUUGUGGGAUGCCUGCGACAGUCUCAGGUGACAUUAAACCAUCCAUCAUACUUACCCAUAUAUAUACAUAUAUAUAUCAUGGAGAAAGAAGAAACGAAAUAAUUCUAUUAUCUUGAACAUUAAACAUGAAAAAAACAAUUCUAUAUCAUAUUGAAUCAGGUAGUUUUGCAUCAUAAACGGUAGUGGAAACAUCUUACGCAAAAUCAUAUACAAAUUUUAAAUUAAAGAAAGCAAACGAUUUGGCAAUACGUUUUUACGAGUUAUAUAUACAUAUACACAUACAUAUAUAUAUCAAAGAAAAUGUAGCAAUACGACGUGAUCGUUUCCAUAAAACAAAGAAGUUCUAGUUUAUUUCGAAUAGAACUGAAAAAAGCCCCGAUUUAUGACGAGUGUUUUUUUUAAAUCUGCAGAGAAUCUAUUGCUAUUGGAAAUUUUUACUCUUGUAAUACUGUAUAAAAACACGGUACAAUUUAGAGAUUAGGUACCCAUAAUUGUACAUAAUAUUCAUAAAACUUCCUCCUGUUUUUUGAUAUUCUUUAAAAUAAACUGGACUUUAAAUUACCCUUUUCCCAGUUUGCAUUUAAACUUUUCGGGGAGGGGAAAAGGUUUUGUAAAUUCGUUUUUAAAAUAUUUGUUUUUCUAAACUUUUGACUUUUAAAGGAGUACAUUUAGGAGGAAUUAUAUUAUUAUUAUCAUCAUAAUUGAUGUGUUGAAUCUGGAGUCAAAAUUUUUUCCGACCGAUCGAGUCGCUGCGAAGAUUCUAUUAUGACUGUAACUUCCUCUAUAAAAGUGAUCUGAUCUGUGAUAAAAAUUUAAUGGAAGAAAGUUAUUUAAAAACGAUGGUAACAUUCCAUUUCAAAUUAGAAUUUGCUAAACUAGUAAGGCACAUCCGUAGGAGAAAGAUGCAAUACGAUUACGAUUUUUCUUGAACAUUCCAUUAUAGAAAGGGUUUUUACAGUUAUAUCUUCAGAAUAUUGUUCUUUUUCAGUUUCUUUUUUUGUGUGGCAAGCAAUUUUUGCCAUUUUGUUUUUGUUUUUGUUUUUUAUUGUUUGAAUAAUUUUAUACUACGGGUAACUAUUUUCAGGUUAAAAUUGAGAUAUGUUAAAGUUUUUUUGUUCCUUUACACAUUUAUUAUAUAUAUAUAUUAGUCCUCCUUUUUUUAAAUAAUUAACUCUUAGAUCUGGUUAACGAAUCUCAAAUUUUCAGGAAGAAAUUGUGGCAUGCAAUAUGUUAAAUUUCGGGAGGAACAUUUCCGAAAUUCCUCCCCCUCCUUUUUUUUUGUCGUAUUUUUUAACAUAUCAAUUUGCAUCAUGUGAUUAAAAGCACUCAAAAUAUAAACGGGUCUCGAUAGAUUUUAGAAGAGGGCACGACGUUCGUUGUUUAUUUUAAACGCGUAGCUAAGCAAACGAAAGCUACAUCUCCGCACUGCUUUUUCUAGUGCCAAGCAUUCUCAAUCCAAAACUGUGAUAAGUUAAAACAAAAAAAAAAAAAAAACUACCGGCAGAGAUUAAAAUGUCUGCAUGGUAAUGUACAGGAUUA